GGUCUACAACCCAGCCACUGCCUGGGAAGCAGUUCCGGGUUCACACCGGAAACGGUCCUGUCUAUGUCAAGAUGGCGGCACCUGGUAAAGGGAAGAAGAAAGUUGUUGACCAGCAGGAGCUGCGACGGUUAAUGAGGGAAAAGCAGCGGGCGAGCGCGGCCGGCAAGAGGAUCGACUCUCCACUCGCUAAAUACAACAGUUUAGGUCAUCUCAGUUGUGUGCUUUGCAGCACUCCAAUAAAAAGUGAACUACUUUGGCAGACACACAUAUUAGGGAAACAACAUAAAGAGAACCUUGAGAAACCGAAAACUGCAAAACAAACAACGGUACCAUCACAUGUUCAUGCAUCAACAGUUUCUGUAGGGAAAAGGAAAGUUACAGAUCCAGUAUCCCAAACAACGAAAAAGGUCAAAGCAUUCUGCGAGUCUACAACAUCCACAGGUCCUGGGUUACCACCUGAUUUUAUUAAUCCAGUGAACAAAGUCUCUCAACAAUCAAAAUCUUCACAGCAUUCUGGACUUGGAUUAGCCGUUAUUGGUUAUGAAGAAGAUAGUGAUGGCAUGGUAAAAGAAGCCAAGAAAGAUAUUGUGGCCCACUCAGUCCCUCCAGCACCAAUGGAACCACAGGCUGGGCAUGGUCUACCUGCUGACUUCUUUGAUAGCACCCUUGCAUCUCCAGCUGUUACUCAUUCUGGACCCAUCCAGAAACCAGAGCAAUCAGACAAGGCAAUGGAAAGGAAAGAUAAUACAGCAGAGGCUUUACCAGAAGGAUUCUUUGAUGAUCCAGUAAAAGAUGCAAAAGUGCGGAACGUAGACCCUCCAAAAGAUCAAAUGGACAAAGAGUGGGAGGAGUUUCAGAAAGAAAUCAGACAGGUCAAUACGGUUUCAGAAGCAAUUGUAGCUGAAGAUGAUGAAGAAAUUCGUUUUGACAGACAGAUAGAAGAAAUUGAUGAACAAAUAGCUGAGAGAGUGUUGUCCUCUUGUAGCUGCGAUUUUUCAGAGAAACAAUUAAAACAAGAAUGUGCUACAAGCGUAUAGAGCACUUGCGAGAUCGUCAAGAAACAGUAAAACGACUGAUGACAGCAUUGAAAAGCAAGCAAUCACAAGGUGACAACGAAGUUGACACAGAUGAAGAAGAAGAAUUUCAGGAAUUCCUUUCAGGUGAUUGGCGUGCAAAGGGAGCCUUACUUUAGUACUCUGGAAAUUUCAGUCUCUGAUUUGAAGGAAGUUUUGUGCAAAGCUUGAAGAACAUUUGACUGAAACUGGCAUCUUAUUGUUUAUAUCACGAGAACUGGGAAAUGAAUGAGAACAACAGCAAGUUAACAUUUCGGAGAAAGUAUUCCUUUUUUUAAACCCGUAAAUAAAACCCUUUUGGAGUGUCUGUACUUUGGUUGUUGGAUUAAAAUUAACUCAUUAAGAUGAA